CGGGCGGGGGGUGCAGCGCGGGCCAUGGAGCAGCCGGGACAGACGGUGGUGGUGACCGGGUUCGGCCCUUUCGGGGAGCACGCGGUGAACGCCAGCUGGACGGCCGUGCAGGAGCUGCAGCAGCUGGGGCUGGGGGACGGCGUGCGGCUGCACGUGUACGAGAUCCCCGUGGACUACCGGGCGGCGCAGCGCCUCGUGCCCGAGCUCUGGGAGCGGCACAGCCCUCAGCUGGUGGUGCACGUGGGUGUGUCGGGCUUGGCCUCCUCGGUGACACUGGAGUCCUGUGGCCACAACUCGGGUUACUGCCGCCCUGACAAUCGGGACUUCAGCCCCUGCUCGGGCUGCUGCGUGGACGGCGGCCCCGACUGCCUGAGCUCCGUCAUCGACAUGGACGCCGUCUGCUGUCGCCUGGCCGCCCGGGGCCUGGACGUGGCCCUCAGCACCUCGCAGGACGCGGGCAGUUUCAUUUCUUUUGGUCGGAGAGACACUGAAAGGGGUAGGGGAGACGGAGACAGAGAGACACCUGCCACCCGCUCCAACCGCACUGUGCGGGAAGCUUCUGCCCCACCACCCGCAGGUUCCUGUGUGACUUCACCUACUUCCUGUCGCUGCUGCAGGGGUGCGGCCGAGCGGCCUUCGUGCACGUGCCCCCCGUGGGCCGCCCCUACUCGGCCAGGCAGCUGGGCUUGGCACUCCGGGCCGUGGUGCUGGAGAUGCUGGCGCAGCUGGGGCCCCCCGCACCCCGGGCCUCAUGAGGGGCCAUCGAGAUCCUGUCCUCUGCCUGCGGGGACCCUCCCGGGGCGCCGGUCGGAUGGCAGGGCGACUCCAGGGCGUAAAACCCCAUGCGGCCUCCGUCCCGUCUGCAGGACAGAUCACUGAUCAGAGAUCUCUGAGGGAUCCGGCAGGGGACCCGGGAAGGGGAAAUGGGGGGUGCAGGGACCCGACCAGGUGAUGGAACCCAGGGCUGACCCGUCCAGAUGGGAGGAGAGAGAGACAGAGCCGCCCUGUAACAGGAAGCAAGUCUCCUGGCUUGCACCCCACCUA